UCUUCCGCACAAACUCAUAUUUUUCUCCGAUCCCCAUCUCCCGCUCCAACCUGCUCCAUCUUCCCCUUGCUAGUUCUCGAGGUCAAGAAGAGCCAGCCAUGGAGUUGUCAUGGGCCGCACGGUGCUUGGGCAUGGCGUUCUUCGGCUUCUCCCUUUGCUUGGCGGCGCUCGGCGUGGUGCUCCAGCUCUUGCGCCGGUGGCCGUGGUGCAGCUGCCAUGUGUGCCGGGCGUACCUCACGGGGUCGUGGGCGAGGGACUUCACCAACCUCGGCGACUGGUACGCGCACCUGCUCCGCGAGUCACCCACCGGCACCGUCCACGUCCACCUCCUCGGCUGCACCAUCACCGCCAACCCGGCCAACGUCGAGUACAUGCUCAAGACCAACUUCGACAACUUCCCCAAGGGCAAGCCCUUCGCCGCGCUCCUCGGCGACCUCCUCGGCGGCGGCAUUUUCAACGUCGACGGCCACGCGUGGCGCCACCAGCGCAAGAUGGCCAGCCUCGAGCUCGGCAGCGUCGCCGUGCGCUCCUACGCGUACAAGAUCAUUGCCCAGGAGGUGGAGGCCCGCCUCAUGCCGGUCCUGGGCGACGCCGCCGACAAGGGCACGGUGGUCGACCUGCAGGACGUGUUCCGGCGCUUCGCCUUCGACACCAUCUGCAAGAUCUCGUUCGAGCUCGACCCGGGCUGCCUCGAGCGAGAAAUGCCCAUGUCUAAGUUUGCCGACGCGUUCGACACCGCGUCGCGGCUCUGCGCCAUGCGGGGCGCGGCGGCGUCGCCGUUAGUUUGGAAGAUGAAGCGGCUGCUUAACAUCGGGUCCGAGAGGGAGCUCAAGAAGGCCAUCAAGCUCAUCGAUGAGCUCGCGGCGGCGAUGAUCCGGGAGCGCCGGAAGCUGGGCGUCGCCAACAGCCACGACCUCCUGUCCCGGUUCAUGGCCUCGGUCGGAGAUGCGCACGCCGUGGACGACAAGUACCUCCGCGACAUCGUGGUCAGCUUCCUCCUCGCCGGGCGCGACACGGUGUCCUCCGCGCUCACCACGCUCUUCAUGCUCCUGUCCAAGAACCCGGCGGUGUUGUCCGCCAUGCGCGCAGAGACCGGAGGCGAGACGACGCCGGUCACCUACGAGCACCUCAAGGACCUGCACUACACCCACGCGGUCCUGUACGAGAAUAUGCGGCUGUUCCCGCCCGUGCAGUUCGACUCCAAGUUCUGCGCCGGCGCCGACGUGCUCCCAGACGGCACCUACGUGUCCGGCGGCGCUCGCGUGAUGUACCACCCCUACGCCAUGGGCCGCAUGCCGCGCAUCUGGGGCGCCGACCACGACGCGUUCCGGCCGGAGCGGUGGCUCACGGGCCCCGGCCGGUCCUUCGUCCCGGAGAACCUGUACAAGUACCCGGUGUUCCAGGCCGGCCUCCGCGUGUGCCUCGGCAAGGAGCUCGCGGUCACCGAGAUGAAGGCGGUCGGCGUGGCCGUGGUGAGAGCGUUCGACGUCGAGGUGGUCGGGGAGAGUGGCAGGGGCGCCUGCGCGCCAAAGUUCGUGUCAGGGCUCACCGCGUCCAUCAGCGGCGGACUCCCAGUGAGGAUUAGGAGAGUCAGAAAUCAGACAGUUGAAAACGUUGUUUCAUGAACAAAGUGAAGAAGAAAUUCAGUGUACAUAGAGUAGGCAAAGAAGAGGGAAAUAGCAAGUUGAUUCGAAAGUUCCAUUCAUAAAUUC